AUGAAUAACGAUUCUAAGUUGAUUAUUAGUAAUUUGAGACAGUUGUCAUUUAUGAAUCUUACAAAAUUAAAGCUGUUCCUUUUGGAUUAUUACAAUUUUUAAAGAGGGCACUUUUUGUACUCUAAUUUUACUUAAAUCCAAAUGGACAUUUAUUAUCUGAACAAUAAAGUAAUGAAGCUUGAUGAAAAGAGCUAUAAUAAACUGUCCAUUAAGCAAUAACAAUUUGUAAUUAAAAGAAAAUUAGCAUAUUAAUUAAUCUAUACAUGUAUAUUUAAACAGAUAAAAAAUGGAUAAACAUCUUUAAGGACUAUGAUUGUUAAUACAAUAGCAAAAAAAAUGAUAUGA